CAUUUUCUUCUUUUCAUUCAUUCAUUUUCUUCCUUUUUCUUAGUCACUUGCAAGCUGAGCAAUCUCUCUCCACUUUUGUGCUGCUCUGGUGACGACAAACACAAUGAGUGACAAUGCUGGCUCAGUGGUGCCAGUCCAUAUCCACUCGUCCACGUCCAACCCGACCUCCGCCGGCAAUGGCAGUGUUGGCACGAGUGCCUCAACUGCCACCACUGCUGCGACGAUGGCAGGCUCGGCGAGUGCGUCUCCGACCGGCAGCCGAGCAGCAGCCGACUUGGCUUCUUCCCCAACCGCCGCCUCCGCUUCGCCCUCGACAUCCACUGCUGCUGCUGCUGCCGCCGCGGGAUCAGCCGGACUGGGAGUCUCGCACAGUGCCAUUCCGCAGGCGAUGCAACACGCGAACGCAGGCGCAUCUGCGGCAGGAUCCUCGCCAGCAACCACCGUUACUGCCGUUACUGUGCCUGGAACCGCACCAGGAUCGAGCUCGGCGGUGCUUGCCACGGGCAAUCAAGCGAAUGCAUCGUCUUCAUUGGGCCAUUCGAAUGUGAAUGUUGGCGCAUCGGGAAGUGCUGCCGGAAACGCAUCAGCAACCUCAUCGAACUUGCACUCUGCUGUUUCUGCUGCUACUACUACGACUCCUGGAGGUCCUGCCAUCCAAAGCAAGACAGUCAGCUUCAAGACGCAGCCACCACAAGUACCAACUCCACCAAGCGAACCGCGCCCGGAUCCCCACGCCGGAGUCAUGUGGAAGAAGCGCCGAUGGCCGCAGAUUGGCUGGCACAAGCGAUUCUUUGUGCUCGAUGAGGGCGUUCUGACAUAUUCGCGAUCACUGAGCGACAUCCAACGCGGAAAGACGAACGGUGCGGUGGACGUUGUCAAUGCGGCCAUCUCGGUUCUCGCCUCCAAGCACUGCUUUGACAUUGAUGCUGAAAACUCAAUCAUCCACAUUCAGGCCUUUACUGGGCACGACUUUGCGCGGUGGUUGGCUGCGCUCAAGCUGCACAAGACCUACUAUGCAUCCCAUGCCAAUCGCGACCGGCGCGCGCUACACCAGACGCCGAACGUCACGAUCGGUGGUCAUUCGAGUGGCGCUGCAGCUGGCCCCACAUUUGCUCUCGAUGGCGUCACCACCUCGCAUUCCUCGACAGACGGCGGUGAUCUUCGGUUAAACCUGGCUGAAGACGCCGACAUUACAAGGAUUCGGGACAAGAUUGGCACUCUGACGUCGAUUCUCGAAUGGCUGACUGCGCAGGUCACGGAACCCGAUGCUCAUGCGACCCACCACCAUGGGGAAGAUUCUGACAGCGGCAGCAAUGAUCCCGAUGCCCAUCACCUCCCGCACGCUCACGGCGUGGCAGCGACGACAACAACGACGCCAGCGACUGCCGAUGCUGCUGCUGCUGCUGCUGCUGCUGCUGCUACUGCCCAUCAUUCUGCCACGCCGACUGGCGGUGCUGGGCCUGCGCCAGUACUCCGAUCUCGCAGCUCUGAUCACAUCGUCGUUCCUGUUUCAGAGUAUGCGCACUCUGCUCCCUCCUCGCCUGCACUCAACAUGCACGCUCAUCCCAGUUCGUCGUCGUCGCUGUACCCCUUCCGCCUUGGACGAGCGAAGAGCAUCACGUCGUUCCGUCGUAACAAGGACAAGGACGACAUGCGUGAUGGCAAGGAGCCCAAGGAGCCCAAGGAGCCGAAAAAAUCGCGCAAGGAGCGCAAGCUCGAAUCCAAGCUCAAACAACAGCAACGCCUGAUGAACCCGUCCGUCUCCUCUCCCAGCAUUUCUAGUCCCAUGUCGGGGAUUAGCACUCCGAUUGCAAACCCGGUGGUUUCUGCGCCGCCCACGAUUGGACUGCCUCCCGGAGAACAGCUGUCGGCCUUCUUGCUGAACGCCGCUGCGCUGCUCGACUCGCUGACCACUGCGACCGACGAUGUGGCCAACGAGCAACUCAAGAGCCACAUCGAGCUGCAGCGGUUGCAACUCGAAAAGGCGCAGGCGGUGAGCGAGAUGAACGCCAUGCGCGCAACGCUGACCGAGUUUGCCACCGAAAACGCCAAUCUCCAGGCACGCCUGCGUCUCAUCCACGAACAGGCUACGCUUGGUAUCUCCGCCUCGCCCUCGAGCGAUCCAGCUGUGGCUCUCGAGGAACGUCUGGAGAAGCACCGACGCGCACAAGGGUUGGUCGUUGGUGUGCCGUCGUCUGGCUCGAGUAGUUUGUUGGCGGCGUCGAUGGGAUCUCGAUCUCGCUCUACUUCCUCUCACAACAUGGACCUUGAUCCUUCUUCGGCCACUGCAGGCGGGCCGCGACACGCAGGGCUGCUUGGCGCGCCGUUGGUUCGGCGGGGCUCGAUUGCUUCCCACACGUCGGAUCGGUUCUUUGAUGCUCCCGAAGUUCUGAUUGUUAGUAGCGACGAGGACGAUGAGGACGACGUUGUGCACGAUUCCGAUGAAGGCAGCUUUGGCAGCGACGAGGAAGACGACGACGACCUCGAUGCGGACGCCAACCCAGCGGGCGGCUCUUCUGGUGCUCGCCUGGUCAAGACCGACUCGCUCAAUAGCAUCUCGCGUGCAGGGCGACGGUUUGAACGCUUCCAAGACUUGGAGGUUGUCGAUGCGGACUUGUCUCUCGUCAGCAGCGUUUCGUCUCCAGCCAAGCGGUUUACUCGAGGCACGCUCUCGAAAACCCACUCGGAAGACCGACCAUCCAUCGCUCCCAAGGGCGGGCCAUCGACACUUCACGCAUCAAUCAUGGGGUCCAGCGCGUCGUCCUUGCCGAGCGAUGAGGGCACGGUCGUGUCUCAGGCCAAAAUCACCUUCCCCUACGCGGUCACGACGCCGUACCGCGUGCGUCUUCCCGUGCCUCAGCCUCAGGGCGAUGUGAGCCUCUGGAGCGUGCUUAAAAAGAAUAUUGGCAAGGAUCUCUCCCGUGUGUCUUUGCCCGUGACACUGAACGAACCCCUGAGCGCGCUUCAGCGCCUCUGCGAGCAGAUGGAGUAUGCAGAGCUGCUUGAUCGUGCAGCAGCGUUGGACGACCCCGUUGAUCGCAUGCUGCAUGUGGCUGCCUUUGCCGUCUCUGGCUACGCGCCUUCGCUCAGCCGUUCGGGCAAGAAGCCUUUCAACCCGGUGCUUGGAGAAACCUUUGAGCUGGUUCGCGCUGACAAGGGCUAUGUGGCUGCCUUUGCCGUCUCUGGCUACGCGCCUUCGCUCAGCCGUUCGGGCAAGAAGCCUUUCAACCCGGUGCUUGGAGAAACCUUUGAGCUGGUUCGCGCUGACAAGGGCUAUCGUUUCAUGGCCGAGCAGGUGAGUCACCAUCCACCAGUCAGCGCAUGCUACGCAGAGUCCGACAAUUACCAGUUCUGGCAGGCCGCCAGUAUCAAAAACAAGUUCUGGGGCAAGUCGAUGGAAAUCUUCCCCCAUGGUGUGCUGCACGUGAGCAUUCCAGCGCGGAACGACCACUACACUUGGAAGAAGGUCACGACGUGCGUGCAUAACAUUGUUUCUGGCCAGAAGUGGUCGGAUCACUACGGCGAAAUGGUGAUUUCGAAUGCGGCGCACGACCUCGAGUGUCGCCUCAAUUUUGUCAAAUCGGGGUACUUUGGCUCCCCGACGCGCGAAGUCAUUGGAAAAGUCGUGCAAGUGUCGUCCGGCCGUGUCUUGGCCGAGCUGCAAGGAUGCUGGCAUCAAUCUCUCUACGCGCACAAAGGGGGCGCAAACACGGCGAACGGCAAGCAGCCGCAGCAGGGAACUUGCAUUUGGAGCGUGCACCCACUGCCGCCAAACAACGAUCAGUACUAUGGGUUUACGACAUUCGCGCUGACUCUGAACGAGUCGCGUGAGGGCGAGCACUAUCCGGAAACAGACACGCGUCUGCGCCCAGACCAGCGGAUGCUCGAACAAGGGGACGUCGACCUAGCUGAGAAGGAAAAGCAGCGGAUUGAGAACCUGCACCGCGACAUGCGCAAGCAACGUGAAAAGACCGGUGAUCACUGGAGCCCCCGAUUCUUCAUGAACGACCACGCUCUUGACCACGACCACGAGCACAAGGGCGACACCGACGAGGACUUUGAGUGGAAGUACAACGGAAAGUACUGGGACACCCGCACCACCGCGUCGCCCAAGCUCUGGUGA